AUGGGCGACAAGGAAAACCGGCGGCCCGAGGCGGCCGCGACGCUCACGACGCCGCCCAAGGCGGCGGCAGCGCCCGCCGCCGAGCCCUGGACGCCCACGGCCAACCUCAAGGUGCUCAUCAGCGCCGCGAGCCCCGAGAUCCGCAGCCGGGAGCAGCGGCGCGCGCUGGCCGGCCUGCAGGAGCAGUUAUCCGGAGACGAAUACGAGAGGUCUCAACCAAGCCGCAAAGAGAAAAGCCUCGGAUUACUGUGCCACAAGUUCUUAGCUCGCUAUCCUAAUUACCCCAGCGCCGCCGAGAAUAAUUACAUCUGCCUUGACGAAGUAGCAGAAGAGCUUAAUGUUGAACGUAGGCGCAUAUAUGAUAUUGUGAACGUGCUUGAGAGCCUACACAUGGUGAGCCGCCUUGCCAAGAACAGAUACGCUUGGCACGGGCGCCACAACCUCGCCAAAACGCUGCAAACCUUGAAAAAGGUUGGGGAAGAGAACAAAUACACACAGCAAAUAGAGAUGCUCAAGAAGAGAGAGUACGAGCAUGAAUUUGACACGGAUGGUGAAGGAAGUGAAGAAAUGGCAAGAUCUUUUGGCUCAGCUGAGCACUCAGAAAUGUGUUUUGUUGAGCUCCCGGGGAUGGAAUUUCGUGCUGCAUCAGUAAACAGCAGGAAAGACAAGUCUUUACGAGUGAUGAGCCAGAAAUUUGUGAUGCUGUUUCUUGUAUCAACUCCUCAAAUAGUAAGCCUUGAAGUUGCCGCUAAAAUCUUAAUUGGAGAAGACCAGUUUGAAGACUUGGGUAAAAGCAAAUUUAAAACCAAAAUUCGGAGACUUUACGACAUAGCAAACGUUCUCAGUAGCCUUGAGCUUAUCAAGAAAGUUCAUGUUACAGAGGAAAGAGGUAGAAAACCAGCAUUCAAGUGGACAGGACCUGAUGUCUUGCCAAAUGCCCGGGAUACAAAACUUGGAGCCAGCACUGCAACCUGGGUCCCACCUCUCUCGGAAUCCAUCACUUCCAAAGAGCAGUGUUCAAAAAACCUUUUUCCUUCAAGAGUCAAGCAAGGCUUUACACGGCAUCCAUCUCUAAUAAAGUUAGUUAAAAGUAUAGAAAAUGACAGAAGGAAGAUCCACUCUGCUCCGACCAGUCCAGUUAAAAUAAGCACAAGCAGCAAUGAGAAUUUAUCAAGUGUCCCAGGUAAAAUGGCUCAGCUUGCAGCGCUCUCUAAACAUCAGCUAGAAGGACAAUCAAGGUAAGUUUACACAAGCGUUAUGGGGAGAAGGUUAGGCAACAGUCUCAAAUGGCCUCUGAUGAAUGCAAAAGAGCUGGAAGCRCAGCUGGCUUUGGAAGGUGCCCAGCGCUCACCACGGCCGCUGGGCGUCCUGCCCGCCGCGCCGCUGCUGCUGCCCCCCGCCCAGGCUGGCGUCUCCUACGCCAUCUAUCUGCACCCGUCGCAAGCCCCCGCCGUGACCACGUACAGCCCCAGCCUCAUGCUGCAGCCUCUACCCUGCUCCCACGCGGCUGCCAGGACAGGGAGCAACGGCAGAGCAGCGAAUGAAACACCCCCUGAAGGAGGAGAGGAUCGCGUGGAUAAAGGUGAUCCGAGAAACAUCCUGACAGCUGCCACCGGACAAACUGUGCAGCCUGAGGCCGUGCCACACAAGUGCCUCAAAAGAUCACAAGCAUUCCAAGAACACAGUCCGAGGAAAAGGUGUAGAAGUGAUGACAAAAGCCCCAGUACUCUGAUUAAGCAUGAAAUGGACACGUCUGAGAAAGAGAGACCAAACCAAGUUGAAAAAUUAGAUCAAAACGUGCCACGUUGCUGCGACCAAUGCAAGAGGGAAGCCGUUCCAGGAGAGGAGGACAGAACCAAAACUAAACAAGAAAUACCUUUGGCAUUUGCCACUCCUGCUCACGAGACUUGUUUUCCAUCUCGCUGUCUUAUUCCUUUUCCUCAGUGCAUCCACCACGGCAACGAGGCAGGUUUCUCUAACAAAGAGAAAGCUGGGAUGUGCCUGUUACAGCACGCUCCCUACAGCUCGCCCAUCGCCGGUGUGAUUCCCGUGACAGCACCGGAGCUGAAAACAGUGAACAUUCCUGCUUUCCACAUAACACCCUUGAAUAUAAUGCUCUCACCCACCUCCAUCGCUGCUGCGCCGGUACUGAGCAACUCCUGUAUCCUUUCAAGCAACACGAGCCCUGCCCAGACUCCGAGUUCUUCAGUUCUGAACUUCACGCUGCAGCAUUUAGGACUAAUACCUGCUGAGGUGCACGUUCCUGCAAAUCCUGUUCUUCAGCACAUGACAAUCUCUUCAAACCCAGAAAGCGUUAGCCAUAGCUCAGAAAACACAAAAUUGAAAGAAGAGAAGCCAAGUGGUCCAAAGGAACCCCAAGAGCUUCAAGCAGCGCAAGAAAACUUUUUCCGCACCCCAGGAGGGCCAAACACAGUGUCUUCCUUUUCUGCAAAUUCAGAUGGUACUGAUGCAAUUUCUCAAGGAACCUUGUACAUUCCUCAAAGAAAACUUGAAGUGUCAGAAGACUAAUUUCAGGAUAUGGAGUCGCUGAAUGUGUUAGCAGACAAUGCUCCACACCUCUAGGAUCAUAUAAUGGACAGGGUUUAUUGUGGAGGUGUAUUGGCAAGACCUCACUGCUGGAAUAGCCUUAAUUAGUACUUUAGAAUUUAAAGCAGCUCUUUAUGGGAAAGUUAUUGUCUAAUAUUUUUUGAAAAAGGCUCAUCUAAACUGUCUUAGCAACCAAGUUAGAUAUCUAAUAUUUUCUGUGUUGC